UCUCAGCAUCAUCAUGAAACUAGUAAUCAUCUUGGCGUUGGUAGCAGUAGUCCUGGCCCGCCCUGAUGACGGUGGCUUCUACGACACGAAGUACGAUAACUUCAACGCUGAUGAGCUCAUUGAAAAUGAACGUUUGUUGAAAUCGUACGCGCACUGUUUCCUCGGUGAUGGCAAGUGCACUCCAGAAGGAAACGAUUUCAAGAAAUGGAUCCCUGAAGCCACAACGACAUCUUGUGGGAAGUGUACGGAGAAACAGAAGGCUCUCAUUGCGAAAACUAUCAAGGCGAUCAAGGACAAACUUCCAUCAGAAUAUGAAGCUCUAAUUAAGAAGCAUGACCCUGAAAAUAAACACCAUGACGACCUCGACAAGUUCCUACAGAAAUACUCUCAUUAGAUUCUUCAAAUUAGCACAAGAUAAAAUCAAACUCAUAACUAUUUGGUGAAACUAGACAUGGUCUAAAUUAAAAUGCCAUAUAAAGUUGGAAAUAAAAAAAUUAUUUCUACUUUGCUCUGUAAUCUCGUAUUUAGGAAUAACGAAAUGUGCAGCAUUUGAAAUAAUAAACUUGGAGAAUUAAAUUUUUGUUACUUCUAAA